AUGGUGCGUUGCCUUGGAGCCAAGUGCUGCAGCCAGCUAUCGACCUCGCCAGUGAAGGGACCGAACCAGGGGAGCGUACCGCAGCUACUGGUAGCGCUGGCGCAGCUGCAUGCGCGGUAUGGUGCGUUGCCUUGGAGCCAAGUGCUGCAGCCAGCUAUCGACCUCGCCAGAAGCGGUUACACAGUGUCAAGAGGUUUGGCGGCGGCGGCGAGCGACGCCGGCCGCGCCGACUGGCUCGUGAACGGCGUGCGCGCCGACGCCGCCUACGCCGACUAUCUUGAGACGCUGCAGCGCAAUACUAGUGCAGAGCUAACAACGAUGUGGUCUAAAGACACAAAAGCGGUGAGGUUUUCGUCGGCGUUGGUCGCUCCAGCUGGUGGCUGGAGAUUGUUCGCUGGCGGCGUUGGUGCUGCGUCGGCGGCGAGAGCACUCGUUGCGGCGAUCGAGAUACCCGUCGACGUUGAUGAAGCCGAACGCAGGGUAGUUUCUGCCCUUGUGAACGAGGCGCACGAUGAAACAUCGCCGGCCGGCGGUGUGGCGACCGGCCUGGCUGUGGUAGAUCGCAUUGACACCUACAUUGCACUUGUCACAGGCCUAUCGGUGCCGUUCGGCUCGCUGCCACCCUGGAGCGUGGAUGGCACGGGUGGUGAGGGCAGCGCUGCCAACGCUCGAGAUUCGCCCGCUGGACCGAUUGAUCUCGCACCUGCAAUUUUACUCAACGAGAACGUCUGUGGUACUCGCUACGUGCUUGGGGCUGAAUCAUCAAGCGCCCUAGCGCAAGCAGCUGCCUCACUAGCAACCAGCGCGGGCGACGAGCUCGGCCUAGCGAUAGAACGCGCCCGCGUCGGCGUGUUACCCGGCGGCGUGCUGGCAUUAGAAUCGGCGGCGCCGCCUUCGCUCCAGCCUCUAGUCGGCGCGACGGUCAAUGCUUCUCUUCCCUAUGCUGCGGUGAAUGUAGUGCAGCAGCGAGGCGAUGCGCUUGCUAGCCAUGCUGACAGUCGCAGCGGUGGGCUUUCUUCGCGUUUCUAACAUUACACAUAUUUGUUAACAAUGAAGUAUU